AUGUUGAGGGAUUUGAAAUUCGUGCGCCGGAAUGCUGGUAAAAACUCUGAUUCAGAGGAACCUGAAAAUGUGCCUGUAAAUGGCAAACUUCAUGAAUCAUCGGUGUCUCAGAUGGGUACCGACUCUUCCUCUAGGCCACCAUUGAAUACAAUUCAAGAACCUGUGCAAAACCCUAGUAAACGUGAUCAAGAAUUAGGGUUCAAGGGCACAAAAAUUGAUAGAACACCCACUAAAGUCAAUGGUAGUAAACAUUCAGAAUCCGGGAUGCCAAUGAGAACUCCAGAAAAACAAGGAGGUCUGGCUAGGAAUCGAUAUGGUUUGGGCUCGGAUUCAAGGAAUGAGGGGAAAAAUGUGAAUAUGAACACUCCUAGGUCAUGCAGAACAGUUGGGAGAGCUGUCAGUUCGGGCUAUUCUGAGUGUAAUUCUACACAGAAUACACCUUCAAAGAGUGUGAAUAAACCUCUGAAUCCAGGGCUGUCUCAUGGAGCUAGUUCAAGGCCUCCUGCUGGUGGAGGUGCACGAAUUAAUGGUAACUUUGCAGCCUUAUCUAGAGGAUUUACGAAUUCCUAUGCUACUGUAAAUAAAGCCGAGGUACCCCAUUUCGAUAUGAAAGAAGAUCCAUCAUUCUGGAUGGAUCACAGUGUACAAGUUUUGAUACGAAUUCGUCCAUUGAACAGCAUGGAGAUUGCUACUCAAGGUUACAACAGGUGCUUAAAACAAGAAAGUGCACAAUGCCUGACCUGGGUAGGGCAUCCAGAAACAAGAUUUAAGUUUGACCAUGUUGCAUGUGAAACUAUUGACCAGGAAACACUUUUCAGGAUGGUUGGUCUACCGAUGGUGGAGAAUUGCUUGUCAGGAUAUAAUAGUUGUAUCUUUGCAUAUGGGCAGACAGGAAGUGGAAAGACACAUACAAUGCUUGGUGAGAUAAACGAGCUUGAAAUAAAACCUAGUCCAUAUCGUGGAAUGACUCCAAGAAUGUUUGAGUUCUUAUUUGCUAGAAUUCUUGCGGAAGAGGAAAGUCGAAUUGAUGAAAGAUUAACAUAUAAUUGCAAGUGCUCAUUUCUAGAGAUCUACAACGAGCAAAUUGCUGAUCUCCUUGACCCUUCAUCUACAAAUUUGCAGCUAAGGGAGGAUGUUAAGAAGGGUGUGUAUGUGGAAAAUCUUACGGAAUAUGAAGUUCACACUGUGGGUGAUAUUCUUAGGCUUCUGAGUCGGGGUUCUGCAAAUAGGAGAGUUGCUGCAACAAAUAUGAAUAGAGAAAGCAGUCGUUCUCACAGUGUUUUCACAUGCGUAAUCGAAAGUAGGUGGGAGAAAGACUCAACGUCCAACCUCCGAUUCGCAAGGCUAAACCUUGUUGAUCUUGCUGGUUCAGAAAGGCAAAAGACAUCUGGUGCUGAAGGCGAACGCUUAAAGGAAGCGGCAAACAUAAACAAAUCUUUAUCUACUUUGGGUCAUGUAAUAAUGGUUCUAGUAGAUGGUGCUAAUGCAAGAACAAGGCAUGUUCCUUAUAGAGAUUCAAGAUUGACCUUUCUUCUACAGGACUCGUUAGGUGGAAAUUCGAAAACAAUGAUCAUUGCCAAUGUUAGUUCCUCCAUAUGUUCUGCUACUGAAACGUUAAACACUUUAAAGUUUGCUCAGCGUGCAAAACUUAUUCAGAACAAUGCUGUGGUAAAUGAAGAUGCUUCAGGAGAUGUUGUGGCUCUUCAACACCAGAUACAACUUCUAAAGGAGGAACUUGCUAUCCUUAAGAGGCACAAUGUAUCCAGGUCUUUAACAUUUGGUCCAGAAGUCAUCGAAGAGACCAGACAAGAACUUCAAAUGGACCAACUAAGAGCUGAUAAUAUGCUUGGACAUGAGAACAAAAUCCUGAGGGUUUCUUCUAAACAGCUGAAAUCCUUAGAGACUUCAUUGACUGGAGCCCUGAGGAGAGAGCAAAUGUCUGAAACUAAUAUAAAACAGCUCGAAGCAGAAAUACAGCAUUUAAACCGCCUGGUUCGUCAAAGAGAGGAGGACAACAAGUGCACAAAGAUGAUGUUGAAGUUUAGAGAGGACAAAAUCCAUCGAAUGGAGUCUCUUCUUGCUGGCUCAAUUCCUGCCGACUCUUAUUUGCUAGAAGAGAAUAACAUGCUUACCGAAGAAAUUCAGAUGAUUCGUGUAAAAGCUGAUAGGAACCCAGAAGUGACACGCUUUGCUUUGGAAAACAUUAGGCUUCUUGAACAACUCAGAAGAUUUCAAGACUUUUAUGAAGAAGGGGAGAGAGAAAUGUUGCUGACUGAAGUAUCUGAACUGAGGAAUCAGUUGGUUCUCUUUCUUGAUGAGAACUCCAAGCAAAAUCAUAUGCAAAAGGAACCUGCGCAUGACAAUAUAGAAAACAAUUCUCUUCAGUUGGAGUUGGAAAAGAGCCAGGAAGAGUUGGAGAAAUGCAGGAAUAACCUAAAUUCUUGCUUAGAGAGAAAUGCAAAACUCUGCAGGGAAAUUGCGGAUCUAAAUGCCUUACUAGAAAACCAGAAAUCUGCAGUGCGUGACCAUGGUGUUAGCGGUGGUAUUGAGGUCAUAAAGGAGCCCAUUUUGAUAGCUUCUUCUAUAGGCGGUCAGUCAAUGCAUACAAUCCAAAAGACGCCUGGAACUUGUUUGAAACAAGAGUCUAUAUUGGAAGAUCCUGUUGGUGAUGAGUCAUCUCAUACAGUUUUAAAGAAUGAAACUUCAAUGAAGUAUAUUGAAGAUGUUAUGGAUCAUCAACUGGAAGUAGACAUUUUAAAGAUAAUUCUAAAGGAAGAAAGGUCAUCUCGAGGGGAAACAGAGGAAGAGGCUUUAUGCUUAAGUAGGGAUUUGAAAUCGACAAAAGAAAAGUGUUUGUUGAUAACUAAACAAUAUAAAGAUUUGAAGGAGGAGCUUGAGGAAGCAAAAUCUGUCAUUGAGGCACUUGAGACUCAACAGCUUAUAUCUAUUAAUGAACUGGAAGAUCUUAGAAACAGUAAUCGCCAAUAUGCUCAAAUCCUAGACAUGCCACCUUCAACUGAAGCAGAAUGCGUGCAAGAAAAGUUGAAUAAGAUGCGGGAUUCUCUUGAAAGAGCUAGGAGAACAAAUACGUGGUACAAAACUGACCGUGCAUGUCAUGCAUCUAAUGAAGAAGAAAUGGAUGAAGUUCGGAAGCAAGUUGAGGCUGAAACUGCUGAGGUCAUAGUUUGUUUGCAGGAAGAACUUAGCAGUCUUCAGCAGCAAGUACAUGACGGUAGCAUGAAAGAAAGAGCGAUCAAAUUGGAGUUGACGCUUUUGGAAGAGAAACUAAAAGUAAUGACUGAAUGCAAUGAGACAUUAAGGGAAAAACACGAAGGAAAAGAAAGACAAUUGAACAGCUUAUCUAAAGAGUGGGACUUUUUGACGAAUGAGAUUGAGGAGGCUCUUACCAUGGGCCAUGAGGAACUUGAGGAUGCCUCAAAUCAUCUUGAUGCUGUUACAGUGUAUGAGCAAUUACAGAUGAUCACUAGAAGCAUCUUUGAAAAGGAGUCUCGAAUAAAGGAACUCAACUCGUGUUUAGAGGAUGCAAGAAACAAAGGCAAUGAAAUGGAGGACAUGUUGAGGGCAUUGAGAGGGGCAACUUUGGUUAUGGCUGAAGCACACCAACAUGACUGCAGUGAAAAGGAUCAAGUAAUCCGUCAAUUAUCAUCACAGUUGAGCGAGAAAAGUCAUACGAUAACUCAGUUACAUACUGCGAUCAAACAAAUGGAGGAAAAAGUCAGGAAGGCAUCUGUUUGUGCAACUGGUGCAUUUGUGAUUGUGAACAGAUUUUCUGAGAUUAAAGAUAGCUGUCUUGUAGCACUGGCACAGAAAGAAGCUGAGCUGAAUGAAUUGAAAAAUGGUCACAUGGUGAGGGACUGUAGGAGUUCAAGAGACACGGGUCGCAGGGAUGGGACCAUUAUUCUUCUGAAGAAAGAGCUAGAGACUGCCCUUGGGAGUCUUAAUGGAGUGAAAACUGAGAUGGCCAGAUUACGUUCUGAGAAAGAAGCGGUUCUGCUUUCUGAGAAGCAGAAUUGUAAAAGUAUUGAAGUCCUUGUGCCACAGGUUCUGACAUUACAAUCUGUUUUUGAUAAAUUUGAAAAGCAAAUUGGAGUAGCAAUGGUUUCGUUGGAUCACAAGAUACAAACUGUUGAAGAACUUUUACAGGAAUCAUGCAAAUCCUGCAUUCAGAAAAGAAAGCUUUACGAGCUUGAACUUAUGGAUGCAAAGGUCAAUGCAGCACAGCAAGCAGCAGAAUCUUCUUGUGUUCGUGCUAAAUUUGCAGAGGCCCAAUACACCAUCAAAGAAGCGGAUGUUAUGAUCAACGAGCUCUUGAUUGCAAUUGAAACUAUGAAGCUCGACAUUGAAGCUCUGAAGAGGAAUGAAGUUGCUUUAAUGAAUGAAAGGGAUAUGCAUAAGGAAAAUUAUGAAGUCCUUGGACAACGAUUUGAAACAGAUACUAUGGGAAUGAAGAAAGAAGUAGAGGAGCUUGAGGAUAUGAUUUUGCAGAUCCAGUCAUCAGUUGACGAAGAUCUGUUGCCAACUGCCUCUGAUUUCUUCUGCAUGAAGUCUCAGCUUCAUGAUUCAAGUACGUUAAUUCAGUCAUGGCUUGAAGACAUUUGGUCUGAGAUAAUUGCGAAGGACUGUGCUGUGUCUGUGCUCCGCGUUUGUCACAUGGAAAUACUCUUGCAAACGGUAACCGGCCUGAAUGCAGAGAAUGGUCUCCUUUACCAUGGCUUACGUGAAUCGAAUUCUCUGGUGUCGCAGUUAAGGGAACACAAUUGCAAAUCAAGAAAAGAGCUAGAAAUGUGCAGAGUGCUUCAAGGGAAGUUACUGUCUGACAUUAAGAAUAGUUUUGAUCGUGUUUUAAGGAGUACGGAAGAAACUGGGUUGUUUUCCGUCAAGCUUGACAGUUUUGAGGAAAAGAUACUAAACCUACAGCUUCUGGAGGAAGCAAUGCUGGAACGAUCAAAUUAUAUGGGAUCUGAGCUUUGUGCUCUAGUGAAGGAAAUGGAAACAAUGGAUAAAGAAGAAGAGCUUAUAUCUAUUGAAGAGAAGUCCAUGGUAGAUUUGUUAGCAAAAGAGAUUGAGCUUCUUAUUGUGUCAUCAAAACUAAAACAAAUGGAUUCACAAAGAAAUGAUCUUGAGAAAGAGAAUAACAUGGUUCUUGAAAAUUUAAAGGAGAAGAUAAUUGUUUGCAAUGUGGAUAUGCAAUUGAAAGAGUCCAUCUUGUUGGACAAAGAAGCCGAGGUUGCCUUUUUGCACAAAGAUCUUAAGGCAAAAGAAAAAGCUCUUGAGGUUUCUAUGGAUCGUAGCUUUGCUCUAGAUCAAAAAAGCCGAAUGCUUGAAAUGUCAUCAUGCAAGCUUCAGAAGCAGUUGGAAAUUAAAAAUACAGAGCUGAGAGAAAUGAGGUUACAUGAGGAGGAGAUGAAGGCAGAAUAUUGUGCUGUUUCUCAAGAGUUGGAGGAGACAAAAACUGUUCUCAAACGACAUGAUGCUAUUAACAGUUUGAGCUCAAAAGAGUGUAUUAAUUUGUUGAGUACUGUGGAUAUGAAGAGUAACAGAGUGUUCAGUUUAUUAAGUGAGAGAGUUGUCUCACUAGAGCAAAGGUUUGAAGAAAUAAACAGAGGUACUGAAAAGAUAUGUAUGGUUGUAGAAGAAUUUGAAUGUCUGGAAAUACUUGCUAAAGAGGUGGCUUCUGAAAACUUCAAUUUUAAAACUGAGUUAGACAGGAAGGAUGAAGUUCUUGAAGGAUUAGUAUUUGAUCUACGCUUGUUGCAAGAAUCCUCCUCCAAUAAGCAGGAUGAAAUUGAAGAAUUGGCAGCUUCUUUGGAGGCUUUAGAGAACGAGCUUGAUAAGAAUGAGAAAGUUGGCAAGAUCUCCAUCCUCGAGGCGGAUGUUUCAAGAGAGAGCGAGUUGGUAAAAUCAUUAUUUUCUGAGAUCCAGAUGCUGACUGAAAAUGUGAAAGAUGCUUUAAAAGCAAAAGAGAUGACUGAGGCGGAGUUGGCAGAAGUAAAGAAGGCAAAUGAGAGCUUGGAAAUGGAGUUGGUUCAAUUGGAAACUGCUCUAGACGAAAUGAAAACCUUUGUAGAAUCUAGGACAAGUGAUUACAACACUGUUAGUUGUAAGAGGGAUGCUCUCCAUUCCGAGCUUCUGGAUGUGAGGAAGGAGUUAGAUAUGGCACAAGCCCUUGCUGAAGAAAAUGAGGCAAUUGCUACAGAAGCCAAACAGAUGGCUGAGACAAGUAGACAGUAUGCUCAAGAGAAGGAAGAGGAGGUCAAACUAUAUGAGAAAUCCGUGGAAGAGUUGGAAUGUAUUGUGAACGUCCUUGAGAGCCAGGUUGACAUGGUCAAAGGAGACGCUGAAAGGCAGCGAUUGCAAAGGGAGGAGUUAGAACUAGAGUUUCAUGCCUUUAAACAGCAAAUUCACUCCGUCAAAAGUAGUGACUUAGACAUGAAAAGCCAUCUAAAUGAGAAAGAGAAAUGUCUUCAGGAGGUCCUUCAACGUGUUCAAAUUCUCGAGAAAGAGAUUGCCACCAAGGAUAUAGAGAUUGUCCAACAUAAAGCUCACAUUAAUGAGCUCAAUCUGCAUGCUGAAGCUCAAGCUAGAGAGUUUAAACAAACGUUUAAGACGUUGGGGGCAAUGGCCGAUCAAGUUAAACCUGAUGCUUCUGCUCCUCACGUCUCAAAUUCACCAUCAAAGAAACUAGAAAGAAAUGGAUCAAGGACACGGGGUUCUGGUUCCCCUUUUAAAUGCAUUGGGAUAGGCUUGGCACAGCAAAUGAAGUCUGAGAAAGAUGAGGAGCUUGCUGCUGCAAGACAUAAAAUCGAAGAGCUUGAAGCAUUGGCUGCAAGCCGGCAAAAAGAGAUAUUCACGCUGAAUGCAAAAUUAGCUAUGUCGGGGAGCAUGACUCAUGAUGUGUUGCGUGAUUUGUUGGGCAUAAAGUUGGAUAUGACUACUUAUUCGUUGUUAGUGGAUGGCCACCAAAUCGAGGAAAUAACUGAAAAGCGUCAAAUUCAUGAUGCUGAAGGACAAUUGAAGGAAGAGGAAGUUAGCAAGCUAAAACAACAAUUGAAUGAGUUGGUCAUGGAGCGAAAAGGAUGGCUGGAGGAAAUUGAAAGGAAACAGGCUGAGAUAGUUGCUGCACAGGUUCUAUUGGAACAACUCCGUCAAAGAGAUCGUUUACUUACAACUGAAAACGAAAUUUUCAAGACCGAAAUUUCUAAUCACAAGAUGAAGGCAAUCGAGCUUGAAGCUGAAGUAAAGAAAUUAUCGGGCCAGCAAAAUCUUCAACAAAGAAUUCAUCAUCAUACCAAAAUAAAGGAGGAGAACAAUACAUUAAAGACUCAGAAUGAUGAACUGAGCCGUAAGCUGAGAAAAACAGAUGUCAUCCUUUGUCGUGUUAAGGAAGAACUUGCUAGCCUGCGUGCAGCCAGCGGGAUAAACUCCAAUUAUGUGGAAACUGAGCUAAAACUCAACACAAAACUUAAGGAAAAGGAAGAAGAGAGGGAUCAAUUAGCACAGAAGUUGGCAGCAUUAUACACCAGCAUUUUAAAGGCGGCUGGAGUAACGAGGCUGACAUCUGAUGUAAGCGUCUCUGCUGCUGAAGAAGCAUUGGAGCAUCUCCAGAGUCGUGUCAACACCCUCGAAAAGGAAUUACAAGAUCUGCAAUAUAAGAAUAGAAUCAGUAAUGAACGAAUACGAUUGUUUGAACUCAUGCCACAAAUGGGUGAGGAGAAUCGACAAACCAACAACAAUAGAGCAUCAUCUCGAAGCCCAUUUCUUUCGACUUUAGAUCGGUGAAGCUUCGUUUGACAUUCAAGAUUUCUUGAAAAAGAUUGUGGGUAUAUGAAGUUAUGUAUGUUUGUAUAGUUUACUUCUUCACAUUUUGUAAAGAGGUGGUUUUGGUAGAUGUAAUCUUAUUAACACACUUUUGGGACAGUGGAGUUUGUAUAGUUGAUGGUACAUUUGUAAAUCAACAUUCAAAUUUGAGGUUAUAAAG